AUAAACGGUAACGAAACAAAUAACCAAAUUCUAUUUUAUUAUGAAGAGUGAAAAAUUCAUGUUUAAUUUUAUUCUAUAUUAAUUGCAAAAGGCUGAAUUCAAAAUUCAUAUCCAUUCAUAAGCGGAGACCAAUUAUUGGAUUAUGACUAAUUACUACUAUCUUGAUAUUUCUUUAGUUUUUCCAUAUUCUAGUGACCUAGAAAUAACACCAGUGUAUUUUAAAAAGUCAAUAAUGGAUGCAGGGUAUCAACUGUUUGGACAAACCUUUACCAGUGUGGACGUAGAUCUGUUAAAAUACAAUGAAAAAGAGAAAAGAGCAGUUUUGAGAGUACCACAAUCACACUAUGUAAAACUAAGAAGUAGUCUCAGUUUCGUUCAUACAUAUGCAGAUGAAAAAUGUUAUUUUAGGGUUCAUAAGGCUUCUCCAUUAUUAUUAUCUUUGCAAGGUGAUAGUAGAAGUUGUGGAUUUUAAUCUAUGAGUACCUGUAAAAAGUUUUUAUAGAUAAUACUGAAAAGACUGAAUAGUGUUUGUAUUUGUUCAUAAUAAUCAGUUUGUUCAAUUUUCUUUAAUAAAUAUUUUUGUAUUUUAUAUAAUGAAAUGCAUAGUACGUAUUUUUAACCAGGUUUGUUAACCUAUGUAUGUUCAAAAAUUUAUUGUCUGUUGACAAUUGAAUGGCCGCCCUGAAUAAGGUUGUAACCCACAAAAACAUGUUUUGGCGGAAAACGUUUUUUCGCUUGUAAUCAUAUUUAAGAUCAGAAAUGUACUUUUUAUUGUUGGAUGAGGAAAACAAAAAAUUUUUGAGAGGAUAAUAUAAUAUCUUAAAUUUUAUAUAUAAAAAAUUAAGGCUAUAAACUGCGAUAUAAAAUCGGUUUAGUGGAACAAGGUUGUAACAUCACUGAAAUUCAUCAAAAUGAGUUGGUUACAACCUUUUAACAUUUUGUGUAGAAA